AUGUUUGCUUACAUUAGUAUCGUAUCAUUCGUAGCGAUUAUGGUAUGUACUAAACACGUGUUGAAAUUCAAAUUUCCUCAAAUAUUUGUGAAUUUUUAUACAUUUAGAGUUGACCAACCACCACACGAGUUAGCUGUAGUUGAACCUGACACCAUAAAAUAUGCUCCUAUCAUCCCUAACGCCGAUUUUAAAUUUGUUUUGCACGGAUUCAUGCAAUGGAAAAAUUGCCCCAUGUGGUUAGAACUUCGCGAAGGUGAAAUUUUUCAAAGAAGUGAUCUUUAUUAUACAUCAGGCAGCAAUCCAAACACAGAAUAUUUCAAACAAAAACCAUGGAAUAUAAUUUUCAUCGACUAUUCUCCUUUGGCCAGAGAUGGAUGUUAUAUAGACAGUACUUUCCCAAGCAUACCAACCGUUGGAGAAUGCGCAGCUAAUAUGAUUAAAUUUCUACUCAAAACUAGACCGGAAAUUAGAAUAGAGCAAUUUCACCUAAUCGGGUUCAGUAUGGGAGCUCAAUUGGCAGCACAAGUAGCAAUGUAUUUGAAACCUCUACGAUUACAACGAAUAACUGGAUUAGAUCCAGCUUUCCCUUUCUUCACUCCGGGUUUCGUGAAAAAAGAAAACACGCUUAAUAAAAACCACGCCAGAUUUGUCGACGUCAUUCAUUCCAAUAUGGGAAUAUUCGGGGUAUACUAUUCCGAUGCCACUUACGAUAUUUACCUCAACAAUGGAGCAUUUCAACCAGGAUGUGAUCCGUGUAAUAUAUUCAGAAAAAAUUCAAAAUUUAUAUUUAAAAUUUUUUUCAAUUUUUCAAGAGUAUUUGUUUUGUUUUGUUUUGUUCUAGUGGACCCGGCAUGUUCUCAUACGAGGGCUCCUCUAGUUUUCAACGAAUCGAUCAAUUCGCCAAAACAAUUCAUUGCUGAUAAAUGUGACUCGAAAACAGCUUGGUUGACAAUACGAAAAUGCACAGGAGAUCAUGCAGAAUACAUCGGAGUCGGCGAACACAGCAAACCUCCUCGUUCAAGCGCGGGUAAUGGAAUUUAUAAGAUGAAAACAAACGAAAAGAGGCCAUAUUAUAAACAGUCGUGGUGA